UUCCAAUUAUAAAACUUUAGGUUUACAAUUAUCUUGAUCACGAACAAAGGAAAAAUGAAAAAUGGGAAAAGAAAAAGAAGCGAGAAGAGCUGAACUGGAGUUUUUGUGGAUGGUCCUGGAGCUGGGAAGCACAUCCAAGCCGGUGCUAAGAAAGUUAUCAUCACUGCUCCCGCAAAAGGUGCAGACAUUCCAACUUAUGUUGUUGGAGUCAACGAAGGUGAUUACUCUCAUGAGGUCUCAAGCAUCAUAAACAAUGCCUCUUGCACCACAAACUGUUUGGCUCCUUUUGUAAAAGUCAUGGAUGAAGAAUUGGGAAUUGUCAAGAUAACAAUGACAACCAUCCAUUCAUACACUGGAGACCAGAGACUCUUGGAUGCUUCACACCGUGACUUGAGGAGAGCUAGGGCCGCAGCAUUGAACAUAGUCCCAACAAGUACCGGUGCAGCCAAGGCUGUCUCUCUUGUACUACCCCAGCUCAAGGGCAAGCUCAAUGGUAUUGCACUCCGUGUACCAACACCAAAUGUUUCAGUGGUUGACCUUGUUGUGAAUGUUGAGAAGAAGGGGAUUACAGCUGAGGAUGUCAAUGCUGCCUUUAGAAAAGCAGCUGAAGGGUCAUUGAAGGGCAUAUUGGCCGUCUGUGAUGUUCCUCUUGUGUCAGUGGAUUUUAGGUGCAGUGAUGUUUCUUCUACCAUUGACUCUUCACUAACCAUGGUAAUGGGAGACGACAUGGUUAAGGUGGUGGCCUGUAACAUGAUGGGUAAUUGCAACCAAAGGGUCGUUGACUUGGCACAUCUUGUGGCAAGCAAGUGGCCUGGAAUGCCUGCUGUAGGAAGUGGUGAUCCCUUGGAGGAUUUCUGCAAGACAAACCCUGCUGAUGAAGAAUGCAAAGUUUAUGAAGCUUAGAUCAUUCCAAUUUUCUUCUCAGGAUGAAUGCUAUAAUAACCAGGUUUUCACAGAUUCUUAUUUUGUAAUGACAGUUGAUUCAUCAUGAACAUAAUAAUCUUUUGAAAUAGCC